GGAGAAGGUGAUCCGUAGAGAGCCACUUGGAUUACUGGGAAAGAGAAACUGAAAGAAUCAAUGUGACUUCAGCAUUAUUUGUCGAUUGGAGAAGAUACGUUGACAACAGAAUGUCUUCAGAGGAGGAUUUCUCCCUGGUGGUGGUGGGCACACAGCCACCAGAGGACAGCCUGGAGGGGAUCAAGGCUUUGACAGAGAAAUACAAAGAACAAUAUGAGGUGCUGCUGAAGGACCAGAAGCAUAUAGCCUCCUGCAGAGAUGACCAGUGCGAGAACACUAAAAAGUUCAAGGAAUGCUCGGAAAAACUGACAGAGGAGCUGAAAAAGGAUAAGAAAAACUAUGAGGAUCAGCUCGCUAAUGAAGAAAUGAAGCUAAAAUCACUGGAAGAGGAAGAUGCCAAACUGAUGAAGCAGAUCGAGGAAGUGGAAGCAGCCCUGCAGGAGGAAGAGGGGAAAUGCGAGGAGCUUCAACAGCAGGCUGAGUUGUUCGCCGCCGUACCGGAGAAGAAAGUCAUCUUCACCGGGCUGACAGGGAAGGAAGGCGACACACAGUUUGAGAUGAAACCACACAUAGUUUACCCGAUGGAUGGGGGGACAGCUCUAGUUACGUUUGAAGAAGAAGUUGUUGCCAAAAAGAUUCUGGAAAUGGGGAAGCAUAAGGUGAACCUGAAUGAAGAUUGCAAGGAGUGCACAGAAUGCAGCAUCACUGUGGAGGCCAGGCCAAUCCAGCUGAUGCUGCCUGAGCUGGUGGAGAUAAAGUCGGAGGUGUGUCCUAAACGCAUUUUGAUCUCCAACCUGCCCAAGAUGGACACUGACACACUGCUAAACAAGCUGGAGAUUCACUUCUCCAAGACUAAGAAUGGAGGCGGAGAGGUGGAUGACCGGGAAUUUCUAACCGACUCUGGGAACGUGGUUCUCACCUUCCUGAAGGCAGACUUUGCCAGAGGUUUAGCAGACACCGAGUACCAUGAAGUGGUGCUACAACCAGGCAAGAAGAGCCACAGAGUGAGGGUGACUCCUUUUCUCAACGGAAACAUUACAAACCUUAAGACGAAGACGUCCAUUUGUCCUCGGACCGUGCUGCUGACAGGAAUUCCUCCCAUCAUGGAGCGAGAUGCCCUGCAGGAUCUGCUGGAAAUCCAUUUCCAGAAAGGCAGCAAUGGUGGAGGAGAAAUCACAGCCUUCCUCUACAACCCACUGGGCCAGACGGCCUCAGCCAUAUUUAAGGGCGUCUCAGAAAAGAAAGAGGAAGAGUAGAUGUGCUGCAACUGCUUUAGGCUGUUAUUGUACCAUAUUUAAAGGCUGGAACUGCCUGUUUAAGAAGUCUUUUAGUUGAAUCCUUUUACCUUAGGAAAUACACGCUGGAACUGAGCACAAAGCGAUCAACAUCCUGGUUUUGACAAGUUCAUUUAAAUGACAUUUAUCUUUUUAUUUGUAACAGUGUUGGUCUGAUUUCUGUUACUGUUGAUAUGGAGAACUUAAGCUGGCAUUUUCUGUUAGUGUUUUAAAUGUAUAUGCCUUUGGCAAGAAAAAAACAGUAUGGGUUAUAGUAACAAUAUUACAGUUAACCAAGUAAUUUUUACAUUUAGCAUAUAGAUAAUUGACAGAACAGUUUCUACUUUAAUAAGGUUGUUGUUACACUUGACUUUGAGCAAAUAAACUUGGAGGUGAAA